AUAUAUGUGAAAUGGUUUGAUACAGUAAUGUUAUACUAUGAGAUUUUAGUAAUUUUAGUGAAUGUCACUUUUUGUCAUUUUUUUAUUUCCCGCCGUUCCGUCCCCUGUACGUCCCAACGCUCACAGGGGACAGAACCCAGAAGACAGAUGCCGCAUCCGCCGGAUUACAUUGCCGGGGACAUUGCAGGAGGGACAUCGCAGGAGCGCAGGACAAGGUAAGUGACCGAGGGAUCGUGGAGCAGCGCCGCAUGCUAAGCCCGAGUGUAGCUCGGGGUUACCGCUUGUGGUACUGAAACUUUACCCCGAGCUACACUCAGGAAUACCGCCAGGGAGGUUAACCUUUUUUUGCUGUA